UUUCUUCUGUCGAACUGAAUCAACUGACGACAUUUUUUUGAUCAGACUUCAUUCGAUAUAAAAUAUCUGGACAACGGCGAAAAUGAACUCCGGGUGGAUCCUAACCGCACGUUACCCACCCGCCCGAAUUCUCCACGUCUCAUUUACCCAAUUUCGUCAAAUGUGGAUACCCCUCCCAGGGCCGCUACUACUAUUACUCCUCAUGGCUACCCGCUUUUCUCUCUCUCGCUCUAUCCAUUUUCAACCCGUUUGCUUAAUUAAACCCGCUCUCCCCAAACUCCAUCUCCAAUCUUACCCCUACCGUUCUCUCAAAUCCCGCCCCUGUCCCCUCUGGUCUUCUUCCUUCUCCCUCUGCCGUCUCAGCUCUCCCUCUUCCUUUCACCAUUACUCUCUCCCCAAGUCAAUCAGAACUAGGGCUACCCCCGAGUCGACUCCAGCCGUUCGAUCUUUGUCCGUUUCAGCUUCAUCUACUACGGCCGAGAUGGCGGACGUUGAAAGCAAUCCUCUACUGAAGGAGUUCUACUUCCCGCCGUUCGAUUCAAUCGAGGCCAAGCAUGUUCGCUCCGGAAUCCGUGCCUUGCUCAAGCAAUUAGAAAGUGAUCUGCAGGAACUUGAGAGGACGGUGGAGCCUACGUGGCCAAAGUUGGUCGAGCCGCUCGAGAAGAUAGUGGAUAGGUUGGCGGUGGUGUGGGGUGCUGUUUCGCAUCUCAAGGCCGUCAAAGACAAUGCUGAUCUCCGCUCUGCCAUUGAAGAAGUUCAGCCAGAAAAAGUGGAAUUUGAGCUUAAAUUAGGUCAGAGUAAGCCUAUUUAUAAUGCAUUUAAAGCCAUUAGAGAAUCGUCUGAUUGGGAGGGCCUGACUGAUGCGCGUAAACGGAUUGUCGAUGCACAAAUAAAGGAGGCUGUUUUAAAUGGUAUUGCUCUUGAAGAUGAUAAAAGAGAGGAAUUUAACAAGAUUGAACAGGAAUUGGCAAAACUAUCUCAAAAGUUUGGAGAGAAUGUACUAGAUGCAACAAAGAAGUUUGAAAAAUUAAUAACAGACAAGAAAGAUAUUGAAGGUUUACCGGCAACGGCUCUUGGUUUGGCUGCUCAAACAGCAGUGUCUAAGGGACACGAAAAUGCUACUGCCGAGAAUGGGCCUUGGAUAAUUACUUUAGAUGCCCCGAGUUUUAUGGCCGUAAUGCAGCAUGCUAAAAGUAGAACUUUGCGUGAGGAAGUCUAUCGUGCCUAUAUAAGCCGUGCCUCUAGUGGAGAUCUCGACAACACAGCAAUUAUUGACCAAAUUUUGAAGCUUAGGUUGGAAAAGGCUAAGCUUCUUGGAUAUAAUAACUACGCAGAGGUAAGUAUGGCCACCAAGAUGGCAACUGUUGAAAAGGCAGAAGAGCUCCUCGAGAAACUUCGCAGUGCAUCCUGGAAUCCUGCAGUUCAAGAUAUGGAGGACCUAAGAAUUUUCUCAAAGAAUCAGGGUGCUCCAGAAGCUGAUAACUUAAAUCAUUGGGAUAUCAGCUUCUGGAGUGAGAGACUCCGCGAAUCAAAGUAUGAAAUAAAUGAGGAAGAAUUGAGACCUUACUUUUCAUUGCCUAAAGUUAUGGAUGGUCUUUUCAGUCUUGCAAAUAAGUUGUUUGGGAUCAAUAUUGAACCAGCCGAUGGUUUAGCUCCAGUUUGGAACAGUGAUGUUCGGUUUUACCGCGUCAAUGAUUCUUCAGGCAGCCCAAUCGCAUACUUCUAUUUUGAUCCAUAUUCUCGUCCAUCUGAAAAACGCGGAGGGGCAUGGAUGGAUGAAGUAGCCAGUCGAAGUCGUGUCUUGUCAAAAGAGAGUUCCUCUCCCAGGUUGCCUGUCGCCCACAUGGUGUGCAACCAAAUGCCACCAGUAGGAGACAAGCCAAGCCUUAUGACAUUUCGCGAGGUUGAGACUGUUUUCCAUGAAUUCGGUCAUGCUCUUCAGCAUAUGCUAACAAGGCAGGAUGAGGGUUUGGUUGCUGGCAUAAGGAAUGUGGAGUGGGAUGCUGUAGAAUUACCUUCCCAGUUCAUGGAAAAUUGGUGCUACCAUAGAGAUACCUUGAUGAGUAUUGGUAAGCAUUAUGACACUGGAGAAAGCAUUCCAGAUGAUAUAUACAAAAAGCUUCUUGCUGCGAGGACCUUCCGUGCUGGCUCUCUAAGCCUUCGGCAGCUUAGAUUUGCAACCCUAGAUCUAGAGUUGCACACAAAGUACGUCCCUGGUGGUUCAGAGUCAAUCUAUGAUGUUGACAGAAGGGUUUGUAAAAAAACACAAGUACUCCCUCCACUUCCAGAGGAUAAGUUCCUUUGCGGUUUUAGUCAUAUAUUUGCCGGUGGAUAUGCCGCUGGAUACUACAGCUACAAGUGGGCUGAGGUUUUAUCAGCUGAUGCUUUUUCAGCAUUCGAAGAUGCUGGAUUGAAUAAUGAGAAGGCGGUAAAGGAAACAGGCAAUAGAUUUCGGGAAACAGUUCUUGCUCUUGGAGGAGGAAAAGCUCCACUAGAGGUCUUCGUGGCAUUCCGUGGGCGUGAACCCUCACCUGAAGCACUGCUAAGGCACAAUGGAUUGUUGCAAGUUGCAUGAGUAUCAGCGGGCAAUUUGUAGUGAACAAACGUUAAGACGUUGCAUUUGCCUUGGCAGCUCUCAGGAAAACACCGGGGCGUGAUAUACUUAACUUAACUAGUUCUCCAAUUACGGGCAGUUGAUGCACAAUUUGAAUCAUUUUGUUCUGUAGUUUUUCUACUUAAAUUUGGCAAUUUCCGGCGUCUCUGUUCCUCCAACUAUAAUCUGCAGUAUAUCCAAUAUAUAAUAUGCAUAUAUGCGGGAUAUGUGUAUUAUGAAGUCGAGGUAAGAGUUUGAUUCUUUUUUUUAAAGACAAUCAUUGUCCCGCUCUGGUGCUAA